AUGGCGGACGGACGAAAAGCGGAUGAAAGCGUGGACUUAAUAUCUGGUAAGUUCAACGGCUUUCGUUCAGCAGUGAAAGACCUCCCCGCUAAAGAAGAGAACGACGUUGAUGAGGUACUGAUGGACCUGAGGCGGGUUGUGAGGAAUCUGGACGCAAUGAAACCGUAUAGCGAAAGCCUCGAAACCAGAAGGCAAAAGUUGGACGAAGAGUUGAACCAGCUUAGCAAUGAGAUUUCGCAGAGCUUUGACAGCUACACGACUGGCCUUCAAAUCCAACAACUUCAUUCGGAGGGUUCCUCCGCUCUCCGCCAGUUUUUGGAGGACACUUCAUCCCAAGUCAAGGAGAAAUGCAGCAAAUUUUGCUAUCUCCUUGAUGCCUGUAAGAAAGAAAAGCCGGACACUUCAUCCGAAGCUGUGGACAUAUCCCGGAAAGAUUACGAACUCGAUGCCCAUGAAAACGAAGGAGAAGCAUCUUCUCUCAAUAUUGAUGACAAAGCAUCGUUAGAAAGAGAUUGUCUGGUCGGAUUCGAUGGUCAGAAGGAUGAGCUAAUCCAGUUGCUUCUGGAGGACUCCGGAACGAGGGACGUGUGGGUAACUGGAAGGCGAGGAUCAGGCAAGACUGCGUUGGUCAGGAACGUGUGUGAAGAUGGUCGAGUGAGGGAGCAUUUUGGUACUAUUGCCUGGAUUAGCGCUCCACAGAUAUAUAAUCCUGAGUUGAACCCCCGAGAAAUACUUCUGCAACUUCUCUUAGAGAGCAAGGCUACGGUCCCCGAUUACUUGAGUGCCCUUACCAUGGAUAUUGAUAUGUUGGAGGCCGAAGUAAUCAACUUACUGCAAAAGGCAAGGUACCUCAUUGUGGUCGAUAACUUUGUCGAUCAGCCAACUUUGGAGGCUUUCAUACAAGUCAGGGAUAGGGUAGGUGAGGCAGGCCGAACGAUCUUCAUAGCUAGGUCCACCUACCUGGAUGGCCAUAAAUCCCUAACUUACCAAAUGAAAGGUCUAUCUGAAGAAAAAUCAUGGCUACUCUUCUGUUUGAAAACAUUCCCAGAAGGGAGUGUCCCUAAUCCAUUCAUGCAAUUUCGCGAACACAUUUUUCAGGCGUUCAAGGGACUGCCUGAAGCAAUCAUUUUGUCCGGACACCUCCUGUGCAACCAGACAGAAAGAAAUGAUGAAUCGGGGUUGAUGUCUUCCUCAUUUAUCCUUCAUGAGCUUGACCUUAUCCAACAAGUAUUAAGGUUCAUUGAUGAUUACAACGAGCUCGGAUCCUGCCUUUUGUACUUGAGCAUUUUCCUGAGAAUAGCCUGA